GAGAAGCCAGAGCUCGACCGAGUCGUUCGGACCAGUCGCGCAAGGGCGACGACGUUGAGCCGAAGAGCUAAAUAUUGAAUGCGACGUAUAGAGAAGGGAUUCAAGUUAAUUGCCGCCAGGAAGCUGGUUGUUCUGGGAGGACAAACUCACGCUUCGAUUUGAGAGAGGUUGAAGGGGAACAGAAGUUUGCGGACGAGAUCGAGUUACGUGGGUGCAAGGCUCGGAAAUGGCUUCAGUCAAAAAAAGGAAGCUUGAUCGCGGGGGAGGGGGCAGCGAAAGCGGCAGCUCUACGCCAAUCGCGAUGAGCGCCUUUGCCGCACGGCAACAGCUCUGGGGAGUGGCAGCAACAAAGGCUGCAGCCGUGUUUGACAAAGGGACCCCUGAAUCGACGACAGAAGAUGUCACACAGUCGAAGCAGAGCGAGACCCCGUCAGCUCGGUCCGUCGCAGGCCGCAGCAGCAAACGCCAUGCCCCUGAGGAGCCAGUCUCUGUUGAAGUCAAGCAAACGCAGGGUGCAGGCAGUGAGGGUGAGAAGAGGAUGUCGAGUUCUUUUACGCCCCGUUCUGAGUCCAACGGGAUGCCCGUCAGACAGUAUUCGUCCUUCAAGCCCAACACAAAGAAUCUCCAAAAGAAAGCUGGCGGUCGACUAGUGCUCAGUACCCCUGAGGCUGAGCGCCUUGUCAUUCUUGGAAGCUACGGCAUCAAGGUUCGCCAGGGGGAGGCUACUAUUGCUGGCGCCAUCCUGACGGCAUCCGAUGAUGUCCAAUGGGUCCAUGCCCCUCGUUGCCAUGCCCUGCCUGUCCUCCGGACGGCAGAGGAGACGGUGCUCGAAUUGCAACCCCACCCAGCCGCCAAGGGGUUGAGGGAACUGGCAAAACUGAACCCUGCAUUUGCCAAACUGUGGAACGAGAAUCUCCACGGAGCAGACUCGACUAGGUCCGGAGAGACCUUCCAGAUUAUUUACACUUCGGAAGAUUUAUCGAAGAGGUCCCUCCUGCAAGAGCUGGUUUCGCCAGCAGAGUGGAACAAAAAGCUGUCUGGACUGGUGGCAACAAACCGGAAAUGUGCCCCGGUUGUUUUCCUUUGCGGACCAAAAUCCUCCGGAAAAUCAACAUUCGGGAGACUCAUUGCAAACCGGUUAAUGACCGACCGGGGCGGUUCAAAGAACAAGCCCUGGUCGAACGUGAUGGUUCUUGACCUCGAUCCCGGGCAGCCGGAGUACUCGCCGCCAGGAGUCAUCUCCUUGACAAGAAUAACCACCCCUAACCUGUCACCCUCCUUCUGCCAUCCUUCUCUCACUUCAGAACAGGGCCAGAUACGAGCCCAUGCCAUCGCCUCCGUCACUCCAGCCCAGGAUCCAGCCCACUUCAUGGAUUGUGUCCUCGACCUCUUCCAUCAUUACCGACGCGGUUCCGACGCCAAAAGCCCCCUGAUCAUCAACACUCCUGGCUGGAUCCAAGGCACCGGCCUCGACAUCCUCACCGAACUGAUCACGAUCCUCUGCCCGACAGAAGUGAUCUACACGUCUCAAGACGGCCCCGAAGAGACCGUCAGCAGCCUCCAGUCCGCCUGUUCCGCCACCAAUCCCCCAACCCUUUUCUCCACCCUCCCCUCCCAGCCAACGGAACCACCCUCCUCACGCACAGCCCUGCACUUCCGCACGAUGCAAACCAUGUCUUAUUUCCAUCUGCGCCACCCGCCUAGCCAGCAGCGGUAUCCAACCUGGGACCCAACCCCGCUAACCGACCUCCGCCCGUGGCGCGUCCGUUACGCAGGAACAAACAGAGGGUUCCUGGGCAUCCUCUGCUACGACCACCAACCGGCGCCAGAGCUGCUCGCCGAGGCCAUCAACGGGACCGUCCUGGCGCUGGUCAAGCUCGAGGACAGAUGUGCCGCGUUGAGGGGGUUGCGUCCGUCGCUGACCGAUGCCUAUCCCGACGACCCCGACGUCGCCACGGGCAAUGAUAAUCACACCCCGCUCCCUGACCCCGACAUGUCGGGCUGCUCAACAUCCCCGCCUGCUACAAUAUCCGUUACCAACGACAACACACAGGACCAGCAGCAGCGCAACCAAACCUCUCCCUGCGCCAACGGCACCACCAACAACAUUCCACUAAUCCCGCUACUGCCCAACCCGCAAGGCCAAACCCUCUCCACGACGCACUCGCACACCCUCGGCCUCGUUCUCGUCCGGGGCGUGGACAUGUCCCACAACGAACUCCAGCUGCUGACCCCGAUCCCCGCCGACACCCUGGCAGCCUUGGGCGGCGAGGACGUGGUGCUCGUCGCGGGCCGGUUUGACACGCCCUGCUGGGCUUACAGCGAGGGGCUUUACUUGAUAAAUCAUGCGGCUGCGGCUGCGCCGAGGAAGGGGCGAGGUAAUGCUUUUGGUUCUGGUUCUGGUUCUGGUUCUGGGGGAAACGGUGGGGAGGUUGUUGAUGAUGAUGACGAUGAGGGUGAGGAGGGAGACGAAGAGGAGGAGGAUGGGGAUGAGGAUGGAGAGGUGGUGGAGGCAGGGGGGAAAAGAGGAAGUGCGGUGCCGUGGGUGGAGAUGUUGCAUGGGAGUCAGAAGCGGGCUGUAGGGAGCAAGGUGUGGCGGGUGAGGCGGGAUUUAGGGAAGGGGUGAUGGGUAGCUUAUGCCCAGUGGUGGUGUGAUCACAAGUUCAAAUGAGGAAGAGAUGCUGGAAGAUGAACCCAUCAAGAGUGGCUACGUACUCGUACAAACUUCAGCACGUAUUUUCACUUAAAGCAAUGUAAUGCCACCCGCCGC